UAUCAAGGAGUUGAACUGUGGUAUAAAGAAAAGCUAUCACACACACACACAUAUAUAUAUAUAUAGAUAACACUGAUCAUUCGUUAGUAUCAUUACCCUUUUGUAUCCUAUAAUUGAGUACUAAUAUCUACAUAUAGAGUAUAGAGAUCGAUCAUAGAUAACUGUAAAGUCACCUAUGGAAAUAAGAAGUCUUUUCCUCUUCUGCUGGCUGACUCUGAUGACUCACUUUCAGCAGCUGGGUCGUGCCAAAGUUGUAAAGUGCAGUCCUCCUCAUCACUCAGCUCAACUCAAUCGGAGCAGUUUUCCAGAUGGAUUUGUAUUCGGAGCAGCGUCGUCGUCGUACCAGUAUGAAGGGGAAGCAUCUGAGGAUGGUAGAAAACCUAGUAUGUGGGAUAUCUUCACUCACGAACAUCCAGAAAAAAUUGAGGAUCAUAGUACGGGUGAUGUGGCGGAUGACUUUUAUCAUCGUUACAAGGAGGACAUAAUUCAGAUGAAAGAGAUGGGAUUGGAUGCAUUCAAAUUCUCCAUCUCAUGGUCCAGAGUAUUACCUAGCGGAAAAAUUAGUGGAGGAGUGAACCCACUAGGUGUCAAAUUCUACAACGAUUUCAUUGACAAUCUCCUAUUUAAAGGUUUGCAGCCAUAUGUGACUCUAUUUCACUGGGAUUUACCACAAGCCCUCAUUGAUGAAUAUGGUGGAUUCUUAAGCCAAAAUAUUGUGGAUGAUUUUAACAACUAUGUUAACUUUUGUUUCAAAACAUUUGGCAAUCGAGUGAAGCAUUGGUUAACAUUGAAUGAACCAUAUGAAUUUACUAUAUAUGGAUACGCCUAUGGCACGUAUGCACCUGGUCGAUGUUCUAACUACAUCGGAAAUUGCACGUGUGGGAAUUCAGCAACCGAACCCUACGUAGUUGGGCACCACCUGAUUCUUUCCCAUGCUGCAGCAGUGAAGUUGUAUAGAGAGAGAUACAAGGCUUCUCAAAAGGGCCAAAUUGGGGUCACAUUAUCGUCCAAAUGGUAUGUGCCAAUUUCUCAAAAUGUCGCCAACCAAAAGGCUGCUUUAAGGGCUCUUGAUUUUCAAUUGGGAUGGUUUUUACAUCCAAUGACAUAUGGUGAAUAUCCUAAAAACAUGCUGUCCUUGGUGAAAGAAAGAUUACCAAAAUUCACUGAGACGCAAUCCCAUAUGCUGAAAAAUUCUUAUGAUUUCCUUGGCAUAAAUUACUACACUUCAUUUUAUGUUGCGAAUGCCAUGCUUUUACCGAGUAUGAAGUUGAGCAUGACAACAGAUUCUCGUGCUAUAUUAUCUUAUCAGAAAAAUGGAGUUCCUAUUGGUCAACCGACUGCUUUGAGUUGGCUUCACGUGUGUCCACAAGGGAUUCGAGAGCUUGUGCUAUAUAUAAAAGAUUACUAUGGAAAUCCACCUAUUGUGAUUACAGAAAAUGGGGUUGCAGAUGCAAAUAAUAGCACUUUACCAGUUGAAGAAGCCUUACAUGAUAACUUGAGGAUAAUUUACCACCAUGGACAUCUAACAUAUCUUUCAAAAGCUAUCAAGGAAGGCGUUAAUGUGAAAGGAUACUUUGUAUGGUCAUUUCUUGACGACUUUGAAUGGGCAUAUGGUUUCAGUGCUCGAUUUGGCAUGAAUUAUGUAGAUUAUAAGAAUGGGUUGAAAAGAUACCCCAAAUGCUCUGCUUUGUGGUUUAAGAGGUUUCUUCAAAGGAAGAAGUUACUCUUUAGGCCGUCUAUGUCGCACUGGCUUGUGAAGGGCAAUAACACACAAUUCAUGAGUAAAGAUUCUUAUCUUGUAUCUGUAUGAUCAUUUCCUUGUUGAAACAAUACAAAAUUUCAAAAUUUCCAAUUAAGUAGAUAAAUUUAAAAUGGACAGAUUCUUUCUUAUUCUCUCUGUACCUUCAACUACGUGGAAACAUCAGUAGUGAAUCAAUCUAAUUCUUUAUUUUAUUA